AUGCCCCCGGCCCUCGCGUUCGUCGGCGCCUUGAGCCCCACGCAGGAGCACUUCCUCAAGAAGUUCCUCGUGGAGGCGUGUCUCCAAAAAGAGCUCCAGGAAUUCCUGAACCCGGCCGGGCUCGCGUGCCUAGGGCCGCCGUUCCGCCCCGCGCCCGCGCCCGCACGUGAGCCGCCGGCGCCCGUGCCGCUCUUGCGGUUUUUCUUUGCCCGCUUCGUGGCCUCGUUCCCGUUCAUUGCCAUGAACCCGCACACCGACCAGACCGCGUUCUGGCGGGACACCGUGCAGCCGUUUGUGGACAGCUUCAACGCCAAGCACGUGCUGGGCGCGGCGCGCCGCAAGGGCCACCGCACCAAGCGCCGCCAGGCCAACCGCCAGCUCCUGCGCUCGCUCCUCCUCUUCUACAACUCCAUGCUCAGCCUGCGCCGCGAGCUCGCGUACUUGCUGGCGGCCCGCUUGAGGCCGUCGGACCAGGGCAAGCUCGACAAGCUCGCGCGCGCGCCGGCGCCCGUCACGGUGCCGCUCGCCGCGUUCCACGCGCCGGCCGGGCUCGCGGACUACCUGAAGAUGACGUACACCAACAACUACUGCGUCAACAUCGUGGCCGUGGACGUGGACGCGGACGCGCCGCCGCCCGGCCGCGUGGCCUGGGCGCUCAGCCUGCUCCGCCUCGUGGCGCCCGCGCGCAAGGCCCCGCCCACCGGGCGCUGCCGCUUCGUGCUCCAGGUGACCCGCCGCACGGUGCACGCGGGCCGCGCCAGCUACCGCUCGCACUUCGUGGCGCGCCGCUACUCGGACUUCCGCCGGCUCGAGCACGCGUUGAAGGCCCAGUUCCCGGGGCUCAUGUCCACGGAGAUCCACGGCUUGCCCGCGCGCUUCAAGCACGACCUGGGCAAUGCCUCCGCUGGAAUCAGCGCCCUGGAGAAUGCCUCCGCUGGCCCUAGUGCCCUGGAGAAUGCCUCCGCGAGACCCACCGCCCAAUCCCCAGCCCAAUCCCCCGCCGCCAGCGCCACGCCCCACGGCCGCCCCCACAUGUACCACGCCGAGAAGCUCCGCAUGGCGCUCCGCGGCUACCUCAACUCGUUGCUCCACAAACGCGAGAUCGCCACCUGCCUGGCGUUCGUCCUGUUCCUCGACGACCCCGCGCUCAACUUCUCUGCCCUCUCGCCCGCCCAGUUGCACGACUACGAGCAGCGCGCGGCGCUCGAGAAAACGCGCCUCGUCACCCAGGAGGAGUUCCAGAAUCACAUCGCGGGCGUGGUCUACCAACUCAGCCGCAACUUCGAGACCUUCAAAUCCGCUUUGCUCUCGGACCCGCACCAGCUCACCGCCGUCUUCGAGGACAUCGGGCGAAGCGCACACCCGGACGGCAUCUCGCCGCUCGUCACCUCCUUCUUGGAGUGGUGCAAGCUCGAGAUCGCCGCCACGCUCUACCAGAUGUUCUUGACCCAGGACAACUCCAGCCUGAUGUUGCAGAAGUGCCGUAAGUUCCACCGCAUGUUCCCCUACCGCAUGUGCUACGGCAUCUUGAAGUACACCAACCCGGUCAAGAUCAUGUCGCGCAUGGUCGACCUCUUGUUGAUGAACGUGCCCUCCUUCGGCCGCAACCUGGGCCACACCCACAACCUCCUCUCCAUGAUCUUCAUCAUGCUCUUGGACGAGGACUUGGACGACUUCUCCAAGGAGCGCCGCAAGGUCUUGUCCACCCUGCCUUUGGACCUGCCCGAGCUCAAGGUGUUCCUCCAGCGUAUCUCCGCGUUCGUGGCUGCCAGCGACCCCGACUUGGACCACGAGCUCCAACAAGAAAACAUCCACGAGGGAGCAAGCUUCCUCCUAACCAUCUUGAGCUCCGACUUGAUCGAGCCCAACUUGUCCGGGCCCGAGCGCUCCAUUUUCGAUCGCGUCAUCAAGCCGUCCUUCGAAAGCUACAAGCAACUUGGACCCGAGCUGGCGCCAGAUGCCGCUUCGGUCUACAUCACCUUGAAGCAGUUCUGGCAGUUGGAGACACGCACUCGUGACAAGGAGAUCUUCAAGCAGCUUUGGAGAGAGCCGGAGCUCACCCAGCUCAUCAAAACGGUGCUUACUGUGGUCUACCAGCCCUUAAUGACUGUCAUGAAGAAGUGCAAUGUGCACUUAGUCUUUCGCGAUUUCCAAAACUUUGUUGACGAUCUCCUUAGGGAGCUCACUAUUUUGGACGAGGGCGAAAUGUACUUCACCAGCUCGGUGGAAAUGUUUAACAGGUUUAAAAAGCUCUUGGAUAAAUACGAGGGCACGUUCUACCGCUUCCUACAUGACUUGUACAAUAAAGACGACGGCAAGCUUUUCUUCAAAUUGAUCGCGUGGAUCGAGAGUUUCUUGAUCGCUCUCCGCACCAAAUUCUCAGACCCAGAAAAAGUGAAACUCGACUUUGCUGCCAUGGUGCCCACGGAACCCGUGGACGAGGAGAAGUUCCUUAAAGAUCUCAAUGCACGGAUCGAGUUGAUUUUGAAGAAACGUCUCCUUCUCAAAACCUGCCUCAAGACCGCUGCGAACGCCGGGAACGCAGACCAAGAAUGCAAGGCGAUCGACCAACAAUGGGAUAGGCUAAACAACGGGCUAUUUGAAAUGCUGCCACAUGAACUUGGUGUUUCAGGUGAGGAUUUGGAGGAGUUUAACCUUGACCACCUGGGAGAAAAAGCCGCAUAUGCAUACCGCAGUGGUCAGGGAAACGCCCAUGUUUUGAAGCAGAUCGCGGAAUUAGACAAACUAAUGAGCGAGGUCGCCAACACCGAGAUCCAAAAGUUGGUGGGGCCUAUGCAUGCUCAGAUCAAUGAUAUUCUCGAGGGCUUGGCCAAGGAGCCAAAUGCGACUCUGACAUGA